AUGGCCUAUCUAUACCACAACGACCUCCUCGCUCCCUACCUCGCUCUUCCCCAGGGCGACAAGAUCCAGGCUGAGUACGUCUGGAUCGAUGGUGACGGUGGUCUGCGCUCAAAGACCACGACCGUCAGCAAGAAGGUCACAGACAUUGGCCAGCUUCGCAUCUGGGACUUUGAUGGCUCCUCUACCAACCAGGCUCCCGGCCAUGAUUCAGAUGUCUACCUCCGUCCCGCCGCCAUCUUCAAGGAUCCUUUCCGUGGCGGUGAUAAUAUUCUAGUCCUCGCAGAGACUUACAACAACGACGGCACUCCCAACAGGACCAACUUCCGUCACCAUGCCGCAAAGGUCAUGGAGCAGGCCAAGGAGCAGGCUCCCUGGUUCGGUCUCGAGCAGGAAUACACCCUUUUCGACGCCGAUGGUUCUCCCUACGGUUGGCCCAAGGGCGGUUUCCCCGGCCCACAGGGUCCUUACUACUGCGGUGCAGGCACUGGCAAGGUCUUUGCCCGUGAUCUUAUCGAGGCCCACUACCGUGCCUGCCUCUACGCAGGUAUCAACAUCAGCGGUAUCAACGCAGAGGUCAUGCCUUCCCAGUGGGAAUUCCAGGUCGGCCCCUGUGAGGGUAUUUCCAUGGGUGACCACCUCUGGAUGGCUCGCUACCUUCUUGUUCGCAUUGCCGAACAGUGGGGUAUCAAGGUUUCUUUCCACCCCAAACCCCUUGCUGGUGACUGGAACGGUGCUGGCUGCCACACCAACUUCAGCACAAAGGCUAUGCGAGAACCCGGAGGCAUCAAGGCGAUCGAUGCUGCCAUCGAGAAGCUCAGCAAGCGCCAUGACGAACACAUCGCUGUUUAUGGCGAAGAUAACGAUCUCCGUCUGACUGGUCGUCACGAAACUGGCCACAUCACCACCUUUAGCUCAGGUGUCGCCAACCGUGGUGCUUCAAUUCGUGUCCCAAGACACGUCGCUGCCCAAGGUUACGGAUAUCUUGAGGACAGGCGACCUGCUUCCAACAUCGAUCCUUAUCGUGUUACCGCCAUCGUCGUCGAGACAACUUGCCUCGAUGCCUGA